CUCCUCCACCGCCUUCGGGUCUCUGAACGUCACCGUAGAGCCGACUCCCCUGUUCGCCAUGUUUAGGACUGCAGCCCCUCCCUGCCCGGUCCUCCAGGCUCCCAGGAGCAGCACCAGGACCAGGGAGACAAUGGUCUCAGUGACUAUGGCCACUUCCGAGUGGAUCCAGUUCUUUAAGGAAGCCGGCAUUCCUCCCGGGCCUGCUGUCAAUUACGCAGUGAUGUUUGUGGAUAACAGGAUCCAGAAGAGCAUGCUGCUGGACCUCAACAAGGAGAUCAUGAAUGAGUUGGGUGUGACCGUGGUGGGCGACAUCAUCGCCAUCCUCAAGCAUGCCAAGGUGGUGCACCGCCAGGACAUGUGCAAAGCUGCCACCGAGUCCGUGCCCUGCAGCCCCAGCCCCCUCCCAGGCGAGAUCCGCCGAGGCACCUCUAGCGCUGCCUCUCGAAUGAUCGCCAACAGCCUGAACCGCGACUCCCCACCCGGCACUCCCCCGAGGCGGCCGGACACCAGCGCCUCCAAGAUCUCGGUCACCGUGUCCAACAAGAUGGCAGCAAAGAGCGCCAAGGCAGCCGCAGCCCUGGCCCGCCGUGAGGAGCAGAGCCUGGCAGUUCCCACCAAGCGGCGCCGGGUCACGGCCGAGAUGGAGGGGAAAUACAUCAUCAACAUGCCCAAAGGCACCACCCCCCGGACCCGUAAGAUCCUGGAGCAGCAGCAGGCAGCGAAAGGUCUCCACAGGACGUCCGUGUUUGACCGCCUCGGCGCUGAGACCAAGGCAGACACAACGACAGGGAAUAAACCCACAGGAGUCUUCAGCCGCCUGGGGGCCACCCCAGAGAUGGACGAGGAUCUGGCUUGGGACAGCGACAAUGACAGCAGCAGCUCUGUCCUACAGUAUGCUGGGGUCUUGAAGAAGCUGGGCCGGAGCCCAGCCAAGCCCAGUCCCCAGCCAGCACUGACUGUCAAAGCUAAGGCCACAAGCUCGGCUGCAACGGCUGCCACCCCGACAGUGCGGCGCCCGGCCCUUUCCUCACGCCCUGCGCUCGAGAGGAAGCCAGAGUCCCUGUGCAAAGGCGGCAUCAUCCAGAGACUGGGCAAAGCUGCCCUUGUGCCGGAGGCCCAGGACAGCCGGGUCACGAGCACCAAGAGCCCGACGGUGCGCUGCGUCCUGCCUGGCCCUCCUGCGCCUCCGGCCUCCCAGCGGCCCCGUCGGCGGUGGCGUCGAGCCUGUAGAGACUGUUAGCUGCCCUGGCUCCCAGCCCCUGGGCUGCAGCGGGGCGCCUCUGUUUUCCAGCCCUGGGCGUCUUUUUCUCUGAAAGCCCGUAGCGGGUGGCGGGCAAGGGUCACCGAGAAGGGAGGCCAGUGCCGAGAGAGAAGAAAACAGCUGUUUUAAUAUAUUUUUGUGGCUUUCAAACUGUUUCCCUCCCCUCCUUCAGGGUGAGUCACAGGGUGGUUUUCCACACAAAGCACAGUGUGGGUGGGGGUGCCAGCCAGGGGUUGGGCUCUGUCUCUGAAGGUCAAGGCUCCAUGCGGGCCACAUCUAUGCUACAGGCCCCCAGUCGAAAAGAGUAAUGGUCACUGUCCCCGUUUCAGUUGGACUUCCUCUCCCCCUCAGCCCACUGAGGUGGUCCUGCCUGUGUCCCCCCUAAUGUAUUUCAUCUGUGUCUGUCACUCUGCCUGGUGGCAGCUUUCCAGGCUGCAGGCUCUCUCGCGAGGCACCGGGCUCCUGCCGAUCUGACCACACGCCUGUUCACUGCUGCACAGCCCCUGCCCUGUGCCAGGCCCGUUUGAGGAGCUAGGGAUCCAGCGCAGGCAAGGCAGGCAAGCCCCUCAGCCAGGGAGAUGGCGGCAGAGUGAUCGUGCUGUCGGAAGAAUGGGAGGGAGGAGCUGAGGCGACAGGGGCCUCUUCAGAAGUUGGGGGUAAGAAGGCCUUUUAAGAGGAGGUGAGGGAAGGGCUGAGCCAAGAAGACCAGAAGGUGGGCGGGGACCCAAUGACCAUGAUUCACGGUGAGGAACUGCACGUCUUCCCUAAGCCCUGAGAAGUUUGGGACAGUGAAGCUGGCAAGCGAUGGUGUGCGUUGCCUUUUGUGAAGAUGGCGUGGGCCCCCGUGAGGAGGCAGCCAUGCAGGAGCCGGGGCA